UGCGUGGUGACGCGCGCCAAUACAAAUAACCAACAUGAAUCCGUCCGCGGCGACAGCGAUGGCAAUUGUGGCGAAAGUGGCAGCGAAGCAUGGAGAUCGGCACGACACUGGGCAUGUCGGUGAAGACAGCGGCAGCGGUAACCACUGCGGCGACAACGGUAGCUGGGCCGCAGGCAGACACGGGGCGGGAUGCGAGGACCGAAUGUUCCAGGCCACUGCGCCGGCAGUCGGAAAUCGAUCACGUGCUCGCAACCGCGCGAACAGAGAUCGAACAUCGGCGACAACGCAGUUGCGACACUCUGGUCGUCGCAGCUCGCCCUCCUGUGAGCUCGAGGGACGCGGCACAGCCAUGCUCUCUCGCAAACCCGCGCGGGUCUCAUCGGAUCCGCGCCGGAUUUCGUGGGAUCCGCGCCGGGCACCUCGUCCUGGCGCGCUGGGGCGGCGCCCGACUUGAAUGUGCGGCCAGGGGCGGGCCCAACGCCGCUCCCACAACUCCGCGCGGACCUCCGAGAGAUCAUGUCUAGACAAUCUGGUGUCUGUGGCCCUGAGGUCCGACGUAGCGAAACAUUGCAGCAUCGUGGAAAACCUGAUCGGACAGGAACCCGCUUUAGUCUAAUGGGCGUAGUGGGCGAAGAAGAAAAGGAAGGCGAGGGCAACGAGGAGCCGAUGACGAGGACGACGUGGCGAACGUGAGAAGCAUUGCAACAUCGUGCAAAUGCCAGAUCUGAGCGUCGGGGUGAAGCUCAAAACGAGCGAAACACGCCCGCAGGGGGCAAAUAGAGAACCAGUCGCGCGCGUAGCAGAAAUCUCGGUCGGCGCCGAGACGCCUGCCUUCAAAGACACGCGCAUUCGCGCAGCCUCUGCACGCUGCUGCGAGACAAGGCGGAACUCGGCGCUGGUUUC